CUCCCUCUCUCUCUCUCUCUCUCGCCAUCUAAAUGUGCUCCUGCUUUGUCUCCCUCACCGAUUGCAGGAUCUGAGUGUGGGUGAUCAGAAGCGACCAGCCGGCCUGAUGCGGAACUCCGCAUAUCUCCGGGCCUUCAUCCCCCGGAAAUGGCCCGCUCCUGGGGGUCCAGACACUGUCAGGGAGGCCCACCCUCGGCAGCCUCCCUGCUCAGCCCCAUGAUUUGAUCGCCCUCCCGGUUGCUCGAUGAGGAAGCCGCUGGAUUUCUCCCGGGGGUUGCCGGCAGCCGGUGAUGCCAAGCAACGUGGCAUAUGAACUGAUGGCGCACAGGCGUGGAAGGAAAUACUCCCCGCCAUUGAAAAUGAGAGAAUAUAGGAAGGCCUCGGCGUUGACGAAGUACCGCUCUCCGGAAAGUUGGAAUCCCGGCCCCUCGGUGGCUAGCUUGAUGAGGCCAGGCAAUUCGUCUGGAAUGGCAUCUGCCAAUCCGACCUGCCAACUGCCACUGUUGACACCGGGGAAAAAGCCCGGCAUUGUGAAAACCCGCUUGCCUCUUGGAGGGCGUGGUGAGAAUAGUGUGCGUGGGACCCCCUUGUGGAGAGGCACAGGAGGAUGGGGCUCCUCGAAUCUAAGCUGAGGAAGAAUUACCCGCCAAACAAUGCGGCCUCGAGGAUGUUCGCCGGGACCGUGCGCCCUCCCUGCCUGUGUCUUUCGCUCUUUCUCGCCGUCUCCCUGGCUCUCGGUGGGAGAUCAUCGAUAGUCAGGCCUCUUGAUGUGCAAGAGAAACCUGGGUACCGAGAUGCCGCGGGUCCGGACGGUGGCAGAUCGAUCGAUCUACUGCCCGAAGGGGCAGUAUCAUCGGGCAGUAAUAUCCUUCCAGAUCCCGGGUUUCGGGGCGUCCUUAACAUUGUCGUUAUUUCCGAAGGGGUGUGGUUAGUGAGUGGUUAGUGUGAAGUGUGUCUGUGUAUGUA